UCGUUGAUGACUACCGAGUACUACAAAAGACCGGCCGUUCGUCGUCGGAAUGGCUCCGUCUGGCUCUUGCUUUCUGCGAAAGAAGCCUUUCUACACUAUACGCUAAGAUAGCUAUCCCGUUCUUCCUUCGAAGAGACACAUCUCCAGUCACCGUCGCCGUCAUUGCCACCAUUACCACCGCCGUCACCGCCACCCCCCCUCGAGCUCGAGACCGGCUAUCGUUCCCGGGUAUCAUCCAACGUUGUACCGCAUAUAUUGAGAAGGCCCAGCAAACAGCACGCCGGGACCCAGCGAAACCAUCACCAUUACCACCGUAACCGACGAUGAAGUUCGCCCACACCUUUAACGAAACGCUGUCGAGCGAGAAUUUUCCGCCCGAGUGGCAGGCCGCCGCUAUCCAGUACCGCCAGCUCAAGAAGUGCAUCAAGCGUCUACAGCGCGAGCUCGACGAGCUGGGACUGAGCGUCGAGACGCUCAAAUCCCUUAUUUGCGAGUGCAGGGACCAGGGCUGUGGUGAUGGCGGCAACGGUGGUCACGGGCCGAUGCUGCAGUACAUGUUUGAUGGCAAUCUGCAGAGUUUCCAGCCCAGGCUGGUAUUGACGAUUCGUGGCCAUGACGAUCUACUGUUGGAUUUGGGAUUGACGGAGGAGACGAAAAAGUCCUUGCAACGGCUGCUGAAACAACGCGGACUACCGCUGCCGAGGAGAGCGUCGACAGUCUCCGAAGACAGCGGUACCAGUAGUCCCGAAUCCGAGGGUUCGGAUCCGUCCGAGACACUGCCGUCUUCGGUGAAACCCGACGGCGACAUCGACACCGAUACACCGGUGUCGACCAUAGAAAUCCCGCUCAGUAGCGAUGCCGAGUUCUUUCACAUCCUCACGUCCGAGCUAUCGGCGCUCGACAUAGUCCAAACCCGCGCCGCAAAGAUCAUCCAGAACGAGAUCAUCGUUCUUGGAGAUUCCGUUACAGCGGUAGCAGCACCGAGAUCCCUAGCCCUCAAACAGUCGGAUCUGUACCCGUGGCGCGAGAUCUUCCGAAUGUACCUGGAUAUGGGCAUCUUCAUCUCGAACCUCGAGAUUGAGAGGCACAAGGAGCGCGACGCGGACGAAGCGCAGGUACGCCUGGAGAAGUUUUCCAACGAGGUGAGCCGGUUGGGACUCAGGAAGCAAUUCAAACGUCGGGAGAGCGGGGUACUGUAUUCCCGCUUCAUCGCCGUGAAUAUGGAGGUCCUGAGGGUGAUGCGGUUCCAAGACAUCAACAAGCUAGCCAUGCGGAAGAUUCUCAAGAAAUUCGAUAAACGCACCGCUCUCGGCGCCCGCGAUUUAUUCCCGACGUUCGUAGCCUCGAACCCUUUUCUCGCCUCGCACAUGGCCAAAGCCAUCUGCUUCACCAUGUCCUCCAAGCUCCUCUCGAUCCUACCGCAACUCGACGACUACCUCUGUCCGAUCUGCCAAUCCAUCUCGAUGAAGCCCGUGCGGCUCUCGUGCUCGCACGUCUUCUGCGUCCGAUGUCUCGUGAAGCUCCAGCGCGAGUCGAAACGGUUCUGUCCCAUGUGCCGCGGCGACGUGGUGCUAAGUGCCGACGCCACGAAUCUGGAUCAUGGACUGCAGAAUUUCCUGAAGCUGUAUUUUCCAAAGGAGGCGAAGGAGAAGCAGAAAGAAAAUGAGAACGAGGUCGUCCAGGAACAGUGGAGGAAUGUGCAAUUGCGCACGGCCAUCACGGGGCCGAUCAGUGCUGAUGCCGGAUGUGUGGUUAUGUGAUUUCCUGUUUAUCUGUGCUUUUUUGGUUUGCAGUGCUUGUUCGUUGAUUUGUAUCUGGAUGAUAUCAUGUACUUGUUAUAUAUGGGUGGUGGCUAUUCGGGGUCUGUCUUUCUUGUGGCGUUAUUUGGUGGGUUUGGUCUGGUGUAUUGUUAAUGACGGGCAAUGACUCUAGGAGAGCAUUAAAAGUAAAUUCGAUGGGUCUUCAUAACGAGC